UUUUUUUUUCAACUGGCAACUGGAAAAUUUUGGCAUGGUUGAUCUUUACGGGACCGAGUGAUUUUAGAACCGUUUUGUGGAAUUAUUAUGAAAAUGGAGUGGAAACCUGAACAAGAAGGAUUGCGACAGAUAUUAACACUUCUUAAGGAGUCGCAAUCACCAGACACAGCAACCCAAAGAGCUGUUCAACAAAAAUUGGAAGAACUCAACAAAUAUCCGGAUUUCAACAACUAUUUGAUUUUCGUAUUGACUAAAUUAGUCACUGAGGAGGAACCAACAAGGUCUCUCAGUGGCUUGAUUUUGAAAAACAAUGUAAAAGCUCACUACAAUAGCUUUUUGCCUGAAGUAGCAGAAUUUAUCAAAAGGGAAUGCCUAUCAGCAGUUGGAGACCCAUCACCACUCAUCCGAGCUACUGUUGGCAUUAUUAUCACCACUAUUGCCAGCAAAGGUGAACUAACCUCAUGGCCAGAACUCUUACCAGCCCUGUGUCAAAUGCUUGACUCUCAGGACUAUAAUGUUUGUGAGGGAGCAUUUGGAGCUUUGCAAAAAAUAUGUGAGGAUACAGCAGAGCUACUGGAUAGUGAUGCAUUAAAUAGGCCUCUGAAUGUUUUGAUUCCAAAAUUCCUGCAGUUCUUUAGGCAUUCAUCUCCAAAAAUCAGAUGUCAUGCUAUUGCCUGUGUGAAUUACUUUAUUAUGGGACGUACACAAGCACUUAUGCUACACAUAGAUUCCUUCAUUGAGAAUUUGUUCCAUCUAGCAGCAGAUGAAGAUCCAGAUGUAAGGAAAAAUGUUUGUCAUGCUUUGGUACUUCUGCUGGAAGUGCGACUUGAUAGACUCAUACCACAUCUACCCAACAUUAUAGAGUACAUGUUACUUCGCACUCAAGAUGCCGAAGAAGGUGUUGCCUUGGAGGCCUGUGAAUUUUGGCUGUCUCUUGCUGAACAAAAUGUCUGCAGAGAGGUGCUGGGCCCGCGCCUGCCGGCUCUGCUGCCGGUGCUGGUGCGUGGGAUGCGCUACUCGGAGAUGGACGUGAUCCUGCUGCGCGGCGACCGCGACGACGACGCCGACGACGCCGAGCCCGAUCGCGAGUCCGACAUCCGGCCGCGCUUCCACAAGCCGCGCUCGCACACCAUCAAGCACAACG